UGCAUUCUUCAUUUUAUAUGGCUUUGUUGUGUGAAUUUGACUGUGUAUUAACUUCGAAUUUGAUGCCAUUGGAUUUUUGACUGUCAGAAUAUUGCGAAUCGAAUUCAGUUUAGCGAAAAAUCCUCACAAGACUGCAAAAUGGGUCGUCACAAGAAGGCUGAUCCAAACGCCGACCAAAGGUGUAUAAAGCAAGGACUGCCAUCAAUUAUCCGUGAACGAUAUCGGGAUGUAAUUGUCGCAAUCAUUUCGUACUUAUCGGUGAAGGCUACGAAGAUCGCAUGCCUUGCAUCGUUACUAUUUUUGAUGAAGGUCAAUGAAGCACUCGACGAUUUCAACUAUGAUUUUUUUGAAACCGAUGAACCAUCAACGAUCAUACACAACUGUUUUAAGGCCGUUCUUGUCGAUAACAUUGGUAACAUAUCGCUUAUGUUACCUGGUUUCCGCAACAUUGUCGACGCUGCACACAUUGACUGGCCCACAAACGGUGGGUUCGGGAACGGUUUUAAAUAUAUAUGGGAGCAGUACUACGACAAUGUCAAAACGAACCUGACAACGCAUUGCGAGUCUCGAUUGCGGAAGUUUUUUAAAAUGAGAGCAUUCGAACUCAACGACUACGCCAUCAAGUACAAUUAUUUCAACAAUUUGUACGGUAUGAUCGAAUUCGAAUUGCCAUACUACGACGAGGAAGAUAUAAAAAAUGCCAUCAAUUAUACUUAUCGUCGUCGAAACACCGCAAUUGGCGACGUUGAACGUGAGAUGCGAUUGGGUGAACUAUUGGAUGAAUUGCGUUGGUUGGGAGCACCGGACGAUUGCAAUAUCCGUGACUUUGUGAAAGAGGAUUGGUUCAAGUCGAUUCGCAUGUGGUCGGAAAUUCAGCGCGAUAUUCGAAACUUUCACUUUGCAUACGAAGAUCGUCGCGAUAAACCACAAAUAAAAAACUUUGUCGUUGUGCCGAUGUGCACUUUUCAGCGUCGACACAUUCGAAUUGACACCGACGCAUUGUACGUUAUCCUAUCGAAUGCGAAAUUGGUGCCUCGAAAGUGCGGUAAACGGACACGUAAAGACGGAACAACAAAUUUCAAAAACAUCACGAGCAACGAAUUCCGCACAAAUAAAAUCCUAAGUUGGAAUUUAUUCUUCGAUGUGGAGAAAAUUCUCAAACUUGUGCACAACAAAAAGGAAUUCGAUUCUCAAAUUUGUUCCGAUGGCGUAUCUGUAUCGUUGAUGUACAAAAAACCGAAAGUACCACCAGUCGAGACAACAGAUGACGAAAUCAAGGCAAUGUAUGACAGCAAUGAGUUGAAAUAUGCUGUUGGAUGUGAUCCGGGUAUGCGAACGUGGAACGCUUCCGUACGACGAGAUUUGCAUACCAAAGAAGAGGUAAAUUUGUCAUUUAAUAAUGAAUGAAAGCGAUUGUGAUUG